AUGACCCGGACAGACGACAUCGCUGGCGAGGUCCCGCUGCUGUACGCCAUCCGGGAGACGGGCGAGGUGGUCGCGCGGUUCAAUUUGACGGGCUUCGACCCCAUGAACGAGCUUGUCUGGACCAAAGGCGGGCGCGUCGACGUGGAGGCCAUCCAGACGGGGUGGUGCUUCACCGACGGGGACCGUCCAAGGGUCUCGCGCCCUCACGGCGCGUCCUCGCUGCAGCAGGUGGUGGCUGUGCAGGCACGUCCGGCCGUGCCUCCCCCGCACGUAGGCCACAACUGCGCCCGCACGGGCUGCGAGUUCGUGCGCAAGAGCGGUGGCUGGUCCACCUGGUAG